AUGUCAAUAUUCAGUAAUCCAGCUACAUCAGAAGAAUCAAUCAAUGACUACGGAUGGCCAUUUUGGACUCAGCCACAAAUGAUUUUCACAGCCGAUGACAUUGCAGACAACAAAGGGUUCCCCAGGCGAUGUCGGUGCGGUGGCGAUAUCGAAAUUGAUUUCGCCAAUUCUACGAGUCAAAGGUACAGGAGGUACUACAAAUUCACCCUUGCUCAGGUUAAUCCAACUUCUUUUGCCAAUAAUGCGAAAAAACUAUGUACGUAG